CACACACUACAGAUCCCACAAUGCCCCGCGCGAACCACCACAGCGCAGCCCGCGCAUGCGUACAACUCUCUAUAGCGCCAAGAUGGCCGACACAGCGACCGGUAGCUCCGGCACGCGGGCGGGUGGGAAGCAGGCGAGCACCCCGGCCGAUAACUACUACCUGGCUCGGAGGAGGACGCUGCAGGUGGUGGUCAGCUCCCUGCUCACCGAGGCCGGCUUCGAGAGCGCCGAGAAGGCGGCGGUGGAGACGCUGACCGAGAUGCUGCAGAGCUAUAUCUCUGAAAUGGGCAGGAGCGCCAAGUCCUACUGUGAACACACAGCCCGGACACAGCCCACGCUCUCUGAUAUCGUGGUUACCCUGGUGGAAAUGGGGUUCAAUGUUGAAACGCUUCCCGCAUAUGCCAAGCGCUCCCAGAGGAUGGUCAUCACUGCCCCUCCUGUGACAAACCAGCCCGUGACUCCCAAAGCCCUGACAGCCGGGCAGAACAAGCCACAUCCAUCCCACAUUCCCAGCCAUUUCCCAGAGUUUCCGGAUCCUCACACUUACAUCAAGACACCGACAUACCGGGAGCCUGUGUCUGAUUAUCAGGUCCUGCGGGAGAAGGCAGCAUCGCAGCGGCGCGAUGUGGAGCGAGCCCUCACCCGCUUCAUGGCUAAGACAGGCGAAACACAGAGUCUCUUCAAAGAUGAUGUCAGUACGUUCCCCUUGAUUGCUGCCAGGCCUUUCACUGUCCCCUACCUGACAGCUCUUCUCCCCUCUGAGCUGGAGAUGCAGCAAAUGGAAGAGACGGAUUCAUCUGAGCAAGACGAGCAGACAGACACUGAGAACCUGCCCCUGCACAUGAGCACGGAUGAUUCAGGACCUGAGAAGGAGAACGCUUCGGUGUUACAGCAGAACACCUCCCUGUCAGGCAGCCGGAACGGGGAGGAAAACAUGAUCGACAAUCCCUACCUCCGCCCGGUGAAGAAGCCCAAGAUCCGCAGAAAGAAGUGAGGUGUGUGGCCAGUUGGCUGCUCAGAGGAAGAGAAACCUGGAGGGGGUUUCACUUGCACAGCAGCUGGGGAGACGCAUGGAGCAAGACAGGAAAGGCAGAAGCAGAAUGAGCUCUCUCUGCCUAGUGAACCACACUCUCAUCCUGGUCUGCAGUGCUCCCUCUUCUCCCUCUGCUCUCCUGCUGACUUGGAACAAUUGCCAUAAAAGCAUUGAAGGCCACUGGGUUCCAGAUGGGAAUUGUCUGGUUUACUUUGGUUUGUUCUCACUGUCAUAGGAUUUACUCUCGGAAGAGAUGGGGGACAUGGAAGGUUCUUGUUGCUCAGUGCAUCCCCAUGGGCUCUGCAGGAUACAAAGGCAUCAUUCAUUUGUGGCUGGCUGGCAGGCUAGGAAAGAAACUUCUGCAACCAACCCUGCCUGGCCCUAUAAUCUAAGGAGCAUGUAUUAAAAGAGGCAGAAAAAUCCCAGAGAGGUUUCUUUCUUUGGAUUCUUGGCAAGUAAAAGCAAACAGACUUUUCCUUUCUAAACUAAAGGUGGCUGGUGCAUCGGUAAGAGAGUGUACAGAGUGAGGAUGGCAUUUUAUUCCCACUUUUCUGUCUGCAGCUGCACUUCAAAGUGCUUAAGUGUGGUGUUUACCCUGUUCUGCUUUGAGGAUAUUUUCCAGCGGUGUGAAUGGCAGCAUUCAACAGCUGCUUCAGGCUAUUUUUCAGUUCUAUUGUUAGUUUCAACACAGCACAACUCCUUGGAGAGUUCCUGCCUCCACCAGUUGGUUUGAAAGAUGCUGUGCUAAAAAACUUGGAAUACAGAAUAAAGCUGUAUGAUAAAGCAGUCCACAAGGCCAUUCUAUUGAUUGCACUUUAUUUUGCCCAAAACACAAGCUUUUAUCAAUAAAAGUUGCUCUUUUUUUUUCCCCCCUCUUUAUUUCCCUGGAGCAGAAGACUUUAUUUCAGCAGUGAAAAUAACUGGUGAUGGAAGUAUUGUAAUUGUUAGCUCCUUCUGGAUGGCUUUGCUUUCAUUUUCCUCAACCUUUUCUUAGGCAAAAUAUAAGUUAAAUUCCUUUGACAGAAGACUCCUGUAGUUCGAUCCGGGCUCCAGAGCAUCUCUUCUGGAUGAGAGCGUGGGGCAGGGAGAGGCAGCAGAGGCUUCCAGGCAGCUCAUGGUUUCCUAGAGGAGUAGCUGAGUGCAAGGAGCCUCUUGCAGCCCCCACGGAGAUCAGGGUUCUGUGUGUACAUAUUGAGGCAUCCUCCCAAGCCUCCCUCUUCCCCAUCACUCAUGGAGGAAGGAGAUAAAAAGGAGGAUUGUUUCAGUGAGGAACAUUCUGGACUCGGAUCUCUAGCAAAAGAAGCCCUGUGUGUGCCAUUGUCACUUCUGCGGUGCCUUGGUUGUACAGAGAUGUUGUGUAUGUUUGUAUAUAUGAAAAUGUUUAUCUUUUUUUACUUGGAUUAAGCAUUUUUGGUAAUGAGAAAGCCCCUCUGGGGAGGGGGAAAGUGUAGAAUGAAACCUGUGAUUUCUAUGUUCAUAAUAAAAGAAACUUUAUCUCCUACAAGCAAAA